AUGAACCUUGUCGAUGAUUGUCUAUACUACUUGGCACAACAUAUCAAUGAUUUUAACACUUUGUACAAUUGUCUUUAUGUUAAUCAUCUCAUGUGCAAAAGCGUAACUCCAAGAUUAUGGUCUCAACCAUUAUUUGAAACAAAACGAAAAGGUUUGCUGGUUAGGACUUACCUUUCAUGCUUGAAUGAAGAGGAGAAGGCGAACUUGAUUCGUUUUGACAUUAAUCUAUCCGAUGUCAAUCAGCGCCCGUUCCUUCAAUAUGAGAAGUACAUGGAAUCCUGCGACAACCUUGUUCUUGAAGCAGCCGUUUAUAAAUGGCUAAGUCUGACAACAACCAAUCGCAUAUACUGGCAAGAUCUGAGAGUCAAACAGAUCCUACGUGCACUUUGGAAAAUGUUUUUGUCAAGAAGUCAUAAUUUCAAAUCUUUAGUUUAUAAUGUUUCUAGAUGGUCUGAUGUUGAAUUUAAUCUUCCAGAGAGAUCUAUGAUAUUAAGUGCUAAACCUAGUCUGUCAAACCUUCAAGUUUUUAAUUUGUCUAUAAUAAGAAGUUCACAUGGUUGCGAGGGUCCGUUAAAUUUUCUAAAAAGUAUACCUUCUGUUUGCUCAAAUAUCCAAGAGCUGGAAAUUUACAAUGGUGAUUGGGAAAUAGACUCUGAAUUAUUCUGCAACAUCAUCAAAUCCCAGCGCAAUAUCAGGUCAUUUAGUUACAUGGGAAAUACCCUCAAUGUCAUUUCUUCAUUGAAAGCUCACAGAAAUUCAUUAACUAAAUUAGAGUUUUUCGGUUCGUCCAUUGGUUCAUUAGAGACUCUUACUUACUUGGAAUAUCUGGAAUCGCUAGAAAUCAGUGAUUGCACUUUUACCGUAAAUAGUGAUCAUAUUUUGUCUUCAACUUUUCGUAAUCUUAAAGAAUUGUCCUUGAUGAAUAACGAUAUAGAACCGGAUACUGUGGCCAAAAUUAUCAAGAAGGCUGGACACACCUUAAAGAGAUUAAUAUUAGAUGUGAUCACCUCGGAAACUAUGGUAGCAGCAUCACAAUAUAUUCAAGAUAUCGUUUACCUUGGAGUUUCGGUCAAUUUGGAAAUCCCUUCGAUUUUCUUUCUUUGGAUUAAAAAAUUAAGACUUGAACGUUUAAUCUUUUUUGAGAAUUCAAUCAUCUGCACCAAAAAUUUUAUGCGUGAUUUAAGAAUGAGCCUACCAUCAACCGUUACAGAAUUAAUCAUAGAUUCUUUUAAUCCUACUGCAAUCGAAUUAUCGAAUUUUAUGCAAGGUUGUGCAGCACCAUUAAGAUCUCUGGUCUUACGGUUUAAUAGCAAGUGUAUUGAUCUUUACCUUAAAGUACUUGCGGCCACUGUACCCAUGAUGAAAACCUUGGAAACUUUGUCCUUUACAAAUUCGCCACAUGAUCUUAUAUGGAAGGAUUCGCAAAAACGAUACAUUGGUAUUAUAGAAGAAAGUGGUGUUGAAAUUUUGACGCCAAAAUGA